CCAUCUAUUGGUUAAAUACUACUCACGUGACACACUUGUGGUCACUCUAUGUUGUUGUUGUUGUUGUAGAUGUUGUUGUAGACCCAGAGGACAGUCAUAUUUAUACAGUAUAUAUAUAAUGUCGACAAUAGUUGAGAAAAAACUUUUGAAAAAUAAAAAAACUGAUAAUAAAUCAUUGAUUAAAAUAGCAAUGAAAAAUAGUCAAAGGGAAAGAUCAAUUAUGUCCUCAACCACUACUCAAUUGGAUGUAUUCAAAGCAUUAGUAGGAGAUUCCCUUAUAGGACUCCUUAAUACUAAUGAUGAAUGUUUUAGUUAUUUGGCCAACAAAUUAAAUUUGCAAUUAACACCAAAUCGAAAGGAAAGUUUGAUAAAUAUCAUAUCUCAAGAUAUAUCAAUGGCCUCAACAAUCAUGUCGGACACUACGAGUAUGGAUAGUAUAGAAACACAUACUUUAGAUGAAUACAUGACCAGUCCUAAUGUCUCACAAGGAUCUGAUGAGAGUAUGCGUACCGAAGUAACAAAUAUAUCGGUUGAUUAAAUUUUUACGUUAGGGUCGGGUCGAAAAAAUUACUAUAAAAAAAGUAUACAAUACUAACACAUUAUAAACACAUUUAUUUUAAUUGGAAAUCAAGUGAUAUCUGCGCCCAAAACCUUCAGUAAUGUCCAAAUAUAUGGCGAUCUUAAUACCGAAAGCUUUGAUUCUCAACUUAUAAACGACGUUCAUAUGAAAGAUCUGUACGAAAAUACUCUUCAAUACGACAAACCACAGACAGUGACCGCACGUCUUAAUGUCGACACAAUUAUGAUUCCGAAAUUGCGUAUAAAUUUGAAGGAAUUUGAUGCAAAUGUUUUGAAGACAUUUGGAGAUCAAGUAAUUACUGGUGACUUUACAUUUGAAAGCGAUGUUUAUUUUGAUAAGGAUUUAAAUGUUUUGAAUAAACGCAUUAAUGGUCUUCAUUUGGUCAACGAUUUAAUGUUAAGAGGAAGAGAUAAUGUGAUUACAGUUCCAAAGAUUUUUGCCGAAAACAUUGUCGUCACUAAUAAUAUGAUCAUAAAAGACGGCAAAACCAUCAAUGGUGUGGAUCUGUCAGAAAUGAUGAAGAAUGCAGUCAUGAAAAGCAAUGCCAAUAAUAAUAUCAUUGGACCAAAACAUAUGAAUAGUAUAGAAGUGGAUCACUUGAUAGUUAAUCUUUUAAAUGGAUUCAAUGUCAGCGAAAAAACUUUUCUAUUAAAUUAUGGAAAUCAAGUGAUUAUCGGAGAAAAAAUAUUAAAUCAUGAUUUGAUAGUCAAUGCAGACAUUAUUUCAAAGACUAUUAAUCACAUAAUAAUUGGAGAUUUGGCACAAAUUCAGACCUCCUCUGACUGUUAACAAUGUCCGCGCUUUCGGUAAAGUCGAUGGCGUAGAUCUUAACGCUUACUUUAUAUUAUUUUUUUUCAUUUUUAUAAACUUAUAUUAACUAACUAUUAAUAAACUAAUACAUAUGACCCGACCCGACCCCCGAACUACUG